AUGAUCGUUUCCAAUCCAUUGGAGCAAGGACUACCAUUUGCAGCCGUUGCUUUAAAUAACUCACUUCCGAAAUACUUUGAUAGCGUCUGGAAAAACGCGAAUAUACGUGUUUGCGUUGAUGGGGGCAGUAAUAGAGUUUUAGAUUAUUUUGUUGGCAAAAAAGAAAAGAAAUUCCUUUCUCCAGAUGUAAUUGUUGGUGAUUUACAAUCAAUUAGACCAGAGGUACAGCAUGAAUUUGAAUCAACAGGAAGCCAAAUUGUAAAGAUUAAUAAUUCACAGGUUACGGAUGCAGAAAAAGCAAUUAAUCUUCUUUCAGACAUGAAAUACAAGAAUACUAUAUUACUAUUGGGCGCUUUUGGCGGAAGAUUCGAUCAGACAGCUGCAAUGAUUCACGCAGCUCUAGCUAGACCAGACAUGAACAUUAUCUUAGCUGAUGAUAGUAACUUCUCACAUUGGGUAUUUCCAGGAAAGACAAAAAUACUUACACCCCAAAUCUGUACAACACAUGUUUGUGGUCUCAUUCCACUUCUGAAACCAGUAUGUCUUAAAACAGAAGGUUUCAGGUGGAAUCUUGACUGGGGAACACUCACAAUGGGCGAAUUCAUAUCUUCCAGCAAUGAAGUCGCCGCUCCAGAAGUUUCAAUUGAAACAAGAGAUCCAAUAUUUUGGACUAUUCAAGCUAAAAAGGUAGUUGAGAUCCAAAAGAGUAAGCAACAAAAAUAA